AUGUUUGUAUCUAAAUUGAAGAUUGUAUUAGCGGGAAUAUUAUCUGUAUUAUUUAUAGAAACAAUAUACUUGGUUCUGCAAUUCAAUGUAUUUAUGUCACAACAAAAGGAGAGGAAAAAACAAAACGAUAACUUCGGAAAUGGUUUACUUGGACUUCCGCAAAAUAUCGCUCAGGAAGCCGGAGUCCAGGGUAUGAUACCAGAAAUAGGAAAUAUAAUACCGAACAUGAAAAACUUGAUAGGGGACAUGGCGAACCCAUUAGAGGAAUUUGGCGUCAAGGAGAUGCUUAACAAUAAUGCUGAAUCUCAUGGCUUACAAAGACAGGGACCCCGUGUAAGUUUGCCCUUCUCUGUCCACAGACCUGUUCCUGACCCUAGGGACCCCAUUUGUAAAGUGCUCCAGUAUGCUGACGAUUUACCGGAAGCCAGUGUAAUCAUCACAUUUCAUAACGAGGCUUGGAGUGUAUUACUCCGCAGUGUACAUAGCAUCUUGGAUAGAUCGCCAGAACAUCUAAUAAAAGAAAUCAUUCUAGCCGACGAUUUCUCUGACCGAGCUCAUCUUCACGAACCAUUGGAGACAUAUGUGAAGAAAUUAACUAAAGUAAAAAUUGUUCGAAAUAAGAAGCGUGAAGGCCUGAUUCGAACUCGAUUAUUAGGAUACGGUGUUGCAACAGGAAGUGUACUCAUCUUUCUUGACUCACAUAUCGAAUGUGCUCCAGGUUGGCUGGAACCCCUUCUAGACAGAAUUAAAGACAAUCCGACCACCUCUGUAACACCUGUUAUCGAUACAAUUGAUGACGACACUUUUCAGUUCAAAUAUUCUCCAGCUUCCUCUACACAAGUCGGUGGAUUUGAUUGGUCAUUGACGUUUACGUGGCAUUCUAUUCCAGAAAGUGAAAAUGUUAGGAGAAAUCAUAAAGACUAUAUACCUGUCAGGAGCCCGACAAUGGCGGGAGGUCUGUUUGCCAUAAACAGGGAAUUCUUCACGCACAUUGGGACAUACGACUCGGGAAUGGACAUUUGGGGAGGCGAGAAUCUAGAAAUUUCGUUUAGGAUUUGGAUGUGCGGGGGGACUCUGGAGACUGCUCCCUGUUCCCACGUAGGCCAUAUCUUCAGAAAAAAAUCGCCUUACACCUGGCCAUCGAAUACAAACGUGGUUAAGAAGAACAAUGUAAGGAUGGCAGAGGUUUGGCUUGACGACUUUAAAGUAUAUUACUACGAUAGAAUCAACAACGAUUUGGGAAACUAUGGAGAUAUAUCGGAACGGAAAGCGUUACGACAAAGGCUAAAAUGUCAUGAUUUUAAAUGGUUUCUUCAGAAUGUCUAUCCUGAACUUUUUAUUCCCGGGGACGCCCUUGCCUCCGGUCAGAUAAAAAGCAAGAAGAGAAACGUGUGUUUAGAUGGUAAAGCCAAUUAUGGAUUCAAACCGAAUGCCGUAAUUACUUAUCCCUGCCACGGGCAAGGAGGCAACCAGUACUGGAUGCUUACAAAGAACAACGAGAUAUUUCGAGAUUAUGGCUGCUUCGACUUUAAUGAUAAUGGCCUGACAAUUUAUUCCUGUCAUCACCAGGGAGGUCCGCAGUCUUGGUUGUACAGAAAUGAUGAUACUCUCUACAAUCCUGGGAGAGACCGAUGUGUUACGUUGUCAUACGAUAGCGAGCGUGUCUCCAUGGAGAUAUGCACAGGAGGAGAGAAUCAACAAUGGUUAUGGAAUCGACAACCACCUCAAGGACCCAGUCGUGAUUAA